UUUUGAAUCACUCUUUAGUUGCUAUUCUUCCAUUCUUUACGCAGCUGUGCUGUCGCCAAUCUUUUCCUGAAACUACUCUGUUCUGUUCUACCUUCUUAAAAAUCCAAACAGAACGAAACUUGCGACUUCUUGCGCUACCAGAACAAUCGACAUCAUGCGUUUCUCUACCUCACUCACUGUCCUCCUCUCCCUUGCUACCACCUCCCUCUCAGCACCAAUCAACAAGCGCGCUACAGCUUCAGCGGCUGUUCUCACCGUCCAGACAUACGAUGACUUUUCUGUUUCCUCUGGAGUGGCUGGAAAUGCCCUCGCAGAAGUGAAUGCCAAGUUUCCCAUCGAUACGAGCAAUCUAGCUGGCGUUGCCGCUUCCGAUCUGGCCAUUAUUUCAAAAGCCGCUCAAGUUUCCGAAGACGCAGAGACUGGCACUGGAGGUUUCAACGACGCUAUUACCGCUGCUGGAGGAACUGGCACCACGGCUGGAACAGCUCUGCAAAACGGCAAGAUAAAGAACAAGGUGUUGAAGUUGCAGACGGAUGUGUUGAGAAUCCAGAUCGAGGUUGCGCAAGGAAAUACGGGGAGUCAGAGUGAGUUGGCUGGACAGCAGGCCAAGUUGGCAACUAAUGUUGCUCUUGACACGGCUGCUGCUGGUCAGACUAGCACUGCUAUUAGCUUUUCGGGGAGCGAUUAGUUGAGGUUUGGUUUCAGAGGAGAAAGGUG